AGUCAGAAAACGAGGAGUGAGCAGUGAGUGUGCGAGCGUUGGACGAGGAGGAUGUACGUGGACUUGUCUCAACUCCCUUCCACAGACUCUUCUGCCACUUCUCUUUCUCGAGUGAACUUUGCGGCUCCCUUUGGUGAUGCGGACAGGUGCUGGGGCGUGAGGUGCCGCUGGUGAGUGCUGCACACCAGUGACAACAGUGCCAGGGUGUGGAAAGUGGUGUGGGCUGUGAUAUUUAGUGAAAACUUGAGGGUUGACUGAGAGUUGGUGCGCGAGGGAAGUAGUCACCUGUGUCCUGCUGACGGCCCCGCCUCCAGGGACUCCUCAAGGAUCCUGCAGUGAGAUGGUGUGGCAGGCCAGCGCGGCGUGAUGCGGUCCGGGCAGUACAAGCUGACGGGGGCGGGGACGCGGGGGGUCAUACCGGACGUCACGUUGGGUCAGUUCCGGUCCAGCCAGUGUGACCUGCCGUCCCCCUCCAGCGAAUUCCCGCACCUCAACUCCCUGGUGGUGACGAAGAGCAAACUGGCGGACGGCCGCCCCGUGAACAAGAGCUGUGAAAACCUGAGUGUGACUGGCGGCGGGGCGAGGGGCGCCGUCACCCGAGUGGAGCAGCGCGUCAAGAACCUGCUGCAGCGUGGGGAGUCUCGAUUGCGGCAGCAGCACUCCCAGGGCGCCGCCACCGCCGAGGACGUGUGGCAGUACGGCCACGUGGUGACGCUUCCCCGGAGACCCCGCCUCUCCCUGGCACUCUCCCACUCCGCCCUCAACCACAUCACCUCUGACACCGCCUCCUGCCUCAGUGCCAGCAGCGGUUACUCCUCCUCCUCCUCCAGCAACUACGGCAGCUUCAAGAGCAACACCUCCAGCAGCUGCUCCACCCUGCCCAGACACAAACCCGGCCAGCCGCCCUCCCCCCACCCCUCCCGCCCCGUUACCCUCGUGGGCAACCCCAUGUAUGACAUGACGCCCUCAGUCCUGAAGCGUCCCCGCUCACCCCCACCCUCGCCCCCUCACCACAUAUACGAUGUCACCCCAGACAGUGACUAUGACGCGUGCCAGGAUACGGCAACCAGGGACGACCCUCUGUACGACACCAUCCCCGCCCACCUCACAGCCCCGCCCGCGCGCCUCCUCACCCCGGACUCGGGCACGCACGGAGGACUGGACUCGCUGGAAGAGUCCGCCCCGAACUCCCUUGAGUGUGGCGAGGUGCUAGCCGCCGAGGACCAGGUGGCGCGGCAGUGCAGGGAGUACUUCGAGCGGCGCCUCAAGAACUCCGAGAACCUCAAGAAACGAUGGUCCAUGUGCUCCUCGGACUCCGGGGCGGACUCUGGAGACAGCGACUCCUCCCCCCAGGGCAUGAUGCUCUCGCCAGACCCCAGCCUCAGCCUCAGCCCCGCGCCAACACAGUCCUCCUCGCGUGUCUCCAACGACUCCCAGGACGCCGCGGCUGCCGCAGCCGCCGCUGCUGCCGCCGGCACGUCAGGGAAGACUGCACUCGACCACAAGAUGGAAUUCCUUCGCAAAGAAAUCGCUUCUCUCAUGAGCCAAGACAACGCUCUCUUCAGGCAGCUCCUCACGCUCCACGACUCCAUCUCCGCCCUCAAGAGUUCGCCCAUCCACGCCCUCAGGCCCCCCUCCCCAUCCUCCCUCGACUCCUUCACCGAGGAGGAGGAGGACGAGGAGCAGGAUGAUGAGGACGAAGGAAAAGAAGACAACGAAUCACAUGUACAGAUGCCGGGAGAGAAUCUACGACAACAGAAGACAUCGAAGGUGGAGGACCUGUCGGAGGUGGACGAGGGCCUUGAGACAGACCACUCCACCAGCCACUCCACUAGUCCCUCCUCCACACUCUCCUCCAAGUGCUCCUGGAACUCUCACUUCUCCUCUUCCUCAAAGGUCCAGCUUCCCACACCAGGUCACCUCCCAUACAAAGUAAGGGGAAGCAGUGCAGAUCCAGCACCCUCCAGCCCAGUGGACCAGGCUCCCCUUGAGGCCAGCACACACGCCACCCCAGCCACACAGACUGAUGCUGAAUCUUUCACCAGCAUCACCAACAUCACCAGCAGCAAGUACAGCAUUACCACCAAUGAAGACUUCAACAUCAAUAUUGCCAUCAAUAGCAACAACGCGGGAUCAGCGUUCACCAGCGGCACAUCUCAGCGGUCCAUCAGCACCUCCUGCCUUGCCAAGAGCAGCUGCUACAUCUCCAGCACCACCCCUGAACCUAAUCUAACAAAGACAUUUGGGGGAAGUCUUGGCAGUUUCUCUCAGCAAGAUGGGUCUCGAUUUACUCGCACUCGGGUGUCCAUCCCUCCCUCCGCAAGGAACAGGGACCGCAGUGCCCGCCCAGAGUCCUUCAGGUUGUCUUCAGACAUGGCAAGUCACACCCGAGUGCUUCUGAAGGCCAGGUCAUUUGGCGGUGCUUCCUUGAGAGAGUCCAUAACCAAUAAAUAUAAAAAAGGAAGAGACUAUUCAAGGUCAUCAUUGAGGGAGGACCAUUUAAGGUACCACCAACACAGCUCAAUGAGUAAAGUAGAAUUUCAGCAGACAGGGUUUACCACUGCAUCUGAAAAACCCUCUGUCACCAUCAGUAAUCCCAGCAGCCAGUGUAGCAAGACUGAAGUGGUACAUGAUGGCAGUAACUCUAUGAAAGGACAAUUAGAAGGUGCAAACUUUCAUCAGAAGCAGACAACAUCUAUUAAGGAAACCAGUAUUGUUAUCAUCAAUACUGUGACAAGGCAGGAAGAGGUUUGCCAUGACUCCAGCCAGAUACAUGAGACCUAUGAGAACACAGUCAUCAAUGAUCAGGAACCCAGAGAUCAUGUUACCCAUCAGUGGUCAGAACCUCCCAGGAAACCUUACAAUAAAGCCUCUUCUUUAACUUCCUCUUUAGCUGCAGCUGAAAGUGAGUUACUUCCUAAGUACAAGACCAGUGUCAUGAUCACAGACUCUGGAUUAGAAAGGGAUUCUUUGGAAUGUUCUCGAGCACAGAUGGUGCGAGCUCGGUCCUUCACUGGGCUCAUGACGCCCCGUGGAAUAACAUCACCAAGUCCCUCCCCAACAAGAGAAAUAUUGGAAGGUAGCGCAGGCAGUGCAUUUCUCAAAAUCCCACUUGGGGAGAACAGUGAGCGGCUGCAGCAGGUGACACCUGUGAUUCGCAGAGCUAGAACCUCCCGGGAUGGAAAGACAAUGCGUUUCUCAAGUGACCUGGGGUUUGGUGCUAGACCAAAGUCCAAGCGAGAAGUGUUUGUGUGAUGGCAGAUACCUUCCACUGCAACAUUCUCUUUUCAAUUUUCACAUUCUGUUUUUUUUUAUCUUAACUUCUUGGUUAUGCCAGCUCUCAUACAUGAUGUUGAGUUUACACAAAUGCAAUAAUUUGAACACACAUCAGACAAACAUGUCCCACAAGACCCUGUGCUCGGCUCCCCUUGUUGAGUGAGCCAUGCUGCCAUGUGUCCUGAGAGUGGCGGGUGAGACUGUCCCAUUGCCUCGACCUGGAUAAAGGAGAAUAUUUAUCUACGGCUGUAUGGGAUCAGAGGCUUGGUCAGUUCUCCACCCAGUACUGUCCUUUAUAGCCUUCAAAAUGCCCUAUUACGUACUUACUUUUCCCCACAAAAUAUUUUAUCUUAUUUUGUAAAGGAUGCUUUAUUAACCUUAACUGCUGUGACCAUAACUACUCUAGUGACAGAUCUCACAGACACAACUUCUUUUAAGUGUUACUGUGUUUGCCGAAAAACUCCAUGAAGGGCAGUGGGUGUUGCAGCAGCACCAUUGUGUCACCCUUCCCUAGUGAUAUUCAUUGCCUUAAGCUGCACAUACUCAUUCUUCUGUGUAUAUAACCCUCGUAUAUAAAUCCAUGUUAUAUUCCUCUCAGCCCUAGCCAGCAGUGAUGAGGCAUUCUCUGUGCCUCAGUGAUGUAGGCUGCUUGGUAACCUACUGUACAUAAAACAAGCUUUAGUGUGGAAAUCCUCUUAGGUUAAGAACAAUGAAAAUUCUUUUGUACAUAAAGUCCUGUAAUCAUAGUAUGGUAAUGUUUAAGGUUGUAUAUUGAGAAUAAUAAACAACAGAUUAUUGA